AUGGAAGCCAUUUUUUCGCGAAUCAUCAGCGACAAAAAUGCUUUUUUCAAGCAUCAGCAAAUGAAUGAAGAGGAACUGACAGAAGAUGAAAAAAUGGAGAUUCUGAAAACGCUGUCGAAGGAGAAACUACCAGUUUUUCUCUCCAGGUAUCAAAAAUACCUGGAACCAGUAGAUGGUCAAAUUUUCGCUGAUAAUGAUGAUUUUGUGGUUCAGAGUAUCAUGAAGCAAAUCCGCGGACAGCAAAAGAUGACUGAGAAAGAGUUUCAGAAAAGGAAUUACCGAUUUAAUGCGAUGCAGAAUCUUCUGAAAGAAGGCGAAUUUUUCUCUGAUGCGAAAAUGAGAGAAAGGGAACCCUAUCUCUUUGAUGCAAUGAUUGGAAAGUUUCUGAACGAUGAAGAAAGAAUGGACCAUCUUCGUCCAACUGUGUCUCGUGACAAAUCGGAAUCUACUUGGUCUACUCUAAUGGACCGCCUUGAGGACAGUACAGAGAUUGCUGAACGCCGGAAUCUUCAAGAAAGGGAAUGGGAAGGCUCGCGGGACCUUGAUGAUGGGGGAAGAGAUCAUAUAAACCGGUUCAUGUCUCAUGUCGAUAGUCAUGCCGAGAAUUUUGUGCCAGAAGAGGAGGAGGGAGACGAAGAAAGCACUGAAAAAGUUGAGGAUGAGAUUGAAACGAUGCGGAAAGAAAUGGAAAGACUGUCUAAAAUUGAAGCUGAGCAGUACGAUGAUUUAGACGAGAAUGAAACGCAACAAGUCCUUCGUCGAGAGUUUGAGGCUUUCAUGCAACAGAAGUUUUUGGCGGGAAAAGAUAAAGAAUUCUACGACUACUCAAAAUGUGAAGAAUUUGGAUUAUCAAAUCCUAUCAAAGAGCGAGAUGACGAGGAACGAUGGUUUGAGAAGGAUGAUUGAUACUUUUUUUUUCUUAAUUUUCAUUUAAAAAAAUUUAUUUUCACU